GCGGCGGUGGCGGCUGCUCGGCCAGUACUCCCGGCCCCCGCCAUUUCGGUCUGGAAGCGAGCUCGGCGCCUGUACUGAAGGCGGUGGUGGGAGCCAGAGGCUCAGCGGCUCCCAGGUGCGGGAGAGAGGCCUGCUGAAAAUGACUGAAUAUAAACUUGUGGUAGUUGGAGCUGGUGGCGUAGGCAAGAGUGCCUUGACGAUACAGCUAAUUCAGAAUCACUUUGUGGAUGAAUAUGAUCCUACGAUAGAGGAUUCCUACAGGAAACAAGUAGUAAUUGAUGGAGAAACCUGUCUUUUGGAUAUUCUCGACACAGCAGGUCAAGAGGAAUACAGUGCAAUGAGGGACCAAUACAUGAGGACUGGGGAGGGCUUUCUUUGUGUAUUUGCCAUAAAUAAUACUAAAUCAUUUGAAGAUAUUCACCAUUAUAGAGAACAAAUAAAACGAGUUAAAGACUCUGAAGAUGUACCUAUGGUCUUAGUAGGAAAUAAAUGUGAUUUGCCUUCUAGAACAGUAGAUACAAAACAGGCUCAGGACUUAGCAAGAAGUUAUGGAAUUCCUUUUAUUGAAACAUCAGCAAAGACAAGACAGGGUGUUGAUGAUGCCUUCUAUACAUUAGUUCGAGAAAUUCGAAAACAUAAAGAAAAGAUGAGCAAAGAUGGUAAAAAGAAGAAAAAGAAGUCAAAGACAAAGCGUGUAAUUAUGUAAAUACAAUUUGUACUUUUUUCUUAAGGCAUACUUAAGUAAAAGUGGUAAUUUUUGUAUAUUACACUAAAUUAUUAGCAUUUGUUUUUAGCAUUACCCAUUUUUUUUUCUCCAUGCAAACUGUUAGCUUUCAUCUUGAAUGCUUAUUUUAAAAUGACAGUGGAAACUUUUUUUCUCUCUAAGUGCCAGUAUUCCCGGAGUUUUUGGUUUUUGAACUAGCAAUGCCUGUGAAAAAGAAACUGAAUACCCGAGAUUUCUGUCUUGGGGAUUUUGGUGCAUGCGGUCAAUACUUCUAUUUCUCUUACCACUUGUGAACUUCAGUGUGAAAUGAAUUAAUGAAGCUUUCAAAUCAUCCCUAUUCUUUGCUUUUACUAGUCAUAUAAGUGGAUUAAUUACCAGUUCUAUCUUCAAUUGAAAUGUCAUUAUUUGUUUUACUGAGACACUGAGAAAACAAACUUUGAUGGGCUUCCUGUAGAUUUCAGUCAGGCAUCGUGUCCUAUAGUUUCAGAUUAAUCUCAAUGAAUGUAAUGUUACAUUGUUCACAAAGAUUCUCCUUCCUCCUUUCCACUGCUAUUUGUCAUAGUCACAACGCCAAAAUACUAUAUUUUUUCUAUAAAA